AUGCAGGCGUUCAGACCAUCGCUGAGAAUAUCCUCGCAGAUCCGGCCGGCGGGCUUGCGGUUUGCGAGAGGGUACUCGUCAGGCAAGACAUAUGAGCAUCUGUUGGUGUCUUCGCCAAAGCCCGGCGUUGGCUUCAUCCAGCUCAACCGCCCCAAAGCCCUCAAUGCCCUCAGCACGCCCCUCAUCCUCGAACUCAACUCCGCCCUCCGCGACUUCCAAUCCGACAAGUCCAUUGGUGCCAUCGUGCUAACCGGCUCCGAGCGCGCCUUCGCCGCCGGCGCGGAUAUCAAAGAGAUGAAGGACCUCACAUUCAGCGCCGCCUACGGCAACGACUUCAUAGAAACAUGGUCCGACCUCGUAACGUUCCUCAAGAAGCCGCUCAUCACCGCUGUAAACGGGUAUGCGCUGGGUGGAGGAUGUGAGCUGGCGAUGAUGGGAGAUAUCAUGUACGCCGGGCCGAAAGCAAUGUUCGGGCAGCCAGAGAUCAAGCUGGGCGUUAUACCAGGAGCUGGGGGAUCACAGCGUCUUACGAAGGCUAUUGGGAAGUCGCGGGCUAUGGAGUGCAUUCUUACUGGCGACAACAUCACAGCGAAGCAGGCUGGCGAAUGGGGCCUCGUUGCUAAGGUGUUUGACUCGCCGGAAGAGUGCGUGAACGGUGCCCUUGCGACGGCGGAGAAAAUUGCGGGGUACAGUCAAAUUGCUGCCAAGGCAUGCAAGGAGGCCGUGAAUAAGAGCCAGGACUUGGGGAUCCGGGAGGGCGUGGAGUAUGAGAGGAGGGUGUUUCAUGGAUUGUUUGGGAGCAAGGACCAGAAGAUUGGGAUGACGGCUUUUGCGGAGAAGAAGAAGGCUGACUGGACGAAUGAGUAG